AUGACAAAAGACAAAAUUAUUCUUCACUGGCUCAAAUUCUCUCGUUCGCACAGAGUUCUUUGGCUUCUUGAAGAGUUGAACGUUCCAUAUGAAUUAAAGCUUUAUGUUCGUGAUAAAGAGUACCGAGCUCCUCCAGAAUUGAGGAAAAUUCACCCCUUAGGUAGGUCUCCAGUUUUAGAGAUUUAUCCAGAUGGUUCUGAUACAGAAGAACCAGUCAUUGUGGCUGAAACUGGUUACAUUAUGAGCUACAUUUUGGAAAAUUAUAACCCCGAGGGAAAAUUGGUCCCAGCAAGUAAAAAGAACCAGGAACUAGUUAAAUACUACUUAUACUACACUGAAGGUUCUUUACAAGGACUUUUGGUGUCUCUUUUGGUUUUAAGCAAAACAUCUGAAAGAGCACCAUGGGGUACUAGAACCUUAGCAGGUCUUGUGGCUAAGGGUAUUGCAAAGGGAUACUACUUGCCAGAAGCAAAAUCGAACUUAGAUUUCUUAGAAGAGCAGUUAUCCAGGCAGCCUGGUGGGUAUUUUGCUGGGGAUAAAUUAUCGGCUGCAGAUAUUAUACUUAGUUUCCCUAUAUACCAUAACCUUUUCUCGGACCACAAGGCUGCUCUGGAGAGGGUUGGCCAGGAUAUAACUAAGUUGUAUCCUCAUCUCAAUGCGUGGAGUAAAAAGAUUGCUGCAGAACCUGGCUUGAUUAAGGCCGAUGAAGUUAUUAAGACCAAAUUGUAG